UUUUUCUAUAAUUAAAAUGCCUUAUAUUGUUCAUUUAACAGUACCAAUUACUCUCUUCAGCUGUCCAUUUGCCAUAAAUUCUCCAGUCUUUGUGGAAAUCACUAAUUGUCUCAACAGGAGUUAUGCUUCCAAUGUUUCUUCUGAUUCAUUUAAGGGACACACAUAUGCAACCAUGGCUGAAUUAUCACCAUCCGAUUUGAAAGUCGGGUGUAGUGUAGACUUCAUGUCAAAGACUUCAUUGCCUAUUCAGGAUGCAAAUGCCAACAUUUCUAUUUUAAGUUUGCAUAAUGCUUUGGCAUAUGGAUUUGAGCUUUCAUGGUUUAGUCACGUUUAUUGCGGCAAGUGCCCCGAGAAUUAUGAAUGUGAAGGUGAAAAUUCAACUGCUGUUCGUUGUGUGGAUUUCAGCUGCAAAGCUUACAAUUUUAGAUUCUUCAAAACGCCGUGUGUUGGUCAAAAACAUGUUCUCCGUGUUCUUGCAACAAUCAUCCCAUGGAUACUUCCCAUAGCUGGGUUUAGCAUUGUGACAAGAGUCAUUCUAUUUCCAUGCAUAGUUGUAUUUCUAAUGAUUGAGUUACGACGAAGGCAUUUGUCGAUUUAUGAUGCAAUUGAAAGUUUCCUGCACGGUGAGAACAAUUUCGCCCCCAUUAGAUAUUCCAACUCCAACAUAAGAAAGAUGACUAGGAACUUUAAAGAGAAACUAGGCCAAGGAGGUUAUGGUUCAGUAUAUAAAGGCAAGCUUCAAAGUGGUCCUAAUGUAGCAGUGAAGAUCUUGAGCAAGCCCAAAGCUGAUGGGCAAGACUUCAUCAACGAGGUUGCCACAAUCGGGAGGAUUCAUCAUGUUAACAUAGUACAACUUAUUGGCUAUUGUGCUGAGAGAUGUAAGCGUGCUCUCGUGUAUGACUUCAUGCCUAACGGAUCACUUGAAAAGUACAUCACACCUCAAGAUGGAGGAGCUGAUCAACUGUUAAGUUGGGACAGAAAGUUUGAAAUUGCUCUUGGAGUUGCUCGAGGUAUUGAAUACUUGCAUCGAGGUUGUGACUUUCAGAUUCUACAUUUUGACAUCAAGCCACACAACAUACUUUUGGAUGAGAAUUUCAUUCCAAAACUAUCUGAUUUUGGUCUUGCAAAAUCAUACCCGACGGAUAAGAGCAUUGUUACUCUAACACCAGCCAGGGGAACAAUUGGUUAUGCAGCUCCAGAGCUGAUUAACAGAAGCAUUGGUCCAAUAUAUUAUAAGGCAUAUGUCUAUAGCUUUGGAAUGUUACUCAUUGAUAUCGUAGGCUUGAAAACAAACUCGGCAGCCAAAGAAGACAUAUCAAGCCAGUAUUUCCCAUAUUGGAUUUAUGAUCAACUCGACAAGGGAAAGGAGAUUGAAGUACUAGACGAGACACAUGAAGACGUAAAGAAGCUGACUUUAGUUGCUUUGUGGUGCAUACAAAUGAAUCCACUCGAUCGUCCCUCAAUGACUAAAGUAGUGGAAAUGCUUGAAGGCAAAUUACAAGCACUGCAAAUGCCUCCCAGGCCCUCUGAAUCGCGGGAACCAUGUUCGUUGGAAUUCAAUCUAAUUAGUUCUUCAAUAAGCUCAAUAGAGUCUGUGAAGUUGCUUGAGAGUUGUUCUGAUUCUGCAAAAAUAGAUGUAAUUGUUGCUUGACAUCACAUAUUGUGUACGUAAUUCGUGU